AUGGGCUCCUUAAAAUCAUGCCAAGAUGGCAGUUCCAGUUCAACCGACAGCUCAGCCUCGCGAAGUACAGCAGCGACAAUGGAUAGCCAGGCAUCAAGACAGCGGGAUUAUGACGCCGUAGUCUCAAAGCAAAAAUCUGCACUUCCACCUGCGCAACUAUAUUCAUAUGAGCCAGCCCAUACAACCAAACCACCCAGACCCCGCUCAUCAACAUCAACCUACGCCUCAACCACCCACUCAGUGGAUCUUCCCCAGCAAGAAGAAGAAGAAUGCCACCGACAGCAAUACAGCGUCACAGAGCGUGCAGAGUUCUACCCCCUAGACGCAAUCCCUUCAACGCCAUCAUCCUUCGCCCCACUAUUCCCUUCAUCAAGACGCCUGCUCAUCCGCCAUGACGACGCAACCGUCGACGGAAACAUGAAUCUGCGCGUCGACACCCCAGUCCACCUCCGCGACGGCUCCCAGCGCGACAUCAUCCUCUUCCACCUCCGCAUGUACGACCUCCUCACUCGCAAAUUCUCCUUCCGUCGCUACUGCCGCGACUCAGGCCGAGAAGUAUGUCACUCAGCGCGAAAAGAGGUUGUCUCGGCGCAAGACAGACGGCCUCAGUCACGUCCUUCCUGGAGUACAGUAUUCGGUCGAAGACCCGGUUCAUCGUCUGGCAUGUCUGCGCUUGGCGAUUUAAAGAGACAAGACUCGGACUUCUCCUUCCAUGAAGAUCUAGAUAAAGUCAGUGACGAAAGACCGAUUCUGGGGGAUACGAUCCUGUUGGAAUUUUCUAAUUACGCUCAUGUUGAGUUGAGGCGCAGGGGUGGGCCGACUAAGAAAUAUGAGUUUGAGUAUUGGUCUACUAAGUACCAGUGGCGACGGGAGAUGCGCAAGGAGGGCGAUCUGCAGGAAGUGUCGUAUUUCUUGGUCGAGGUCCGUGGUGGCAAGACCAUUGCGCAUUUGGUACCUGACACGUUGGCACCUCUUGAAGUUGAGGAGGAGGAAAGGAAGGGUGGUUGGGUGCCUCCUUCUUCGAUGUGGAUCAGUGAUCCUGAAGUGUAUCGGACAAUGCCCGAUGUUGCAGAUGUGAUUGUUGCGACAGGGAUUGUCGCGCUAGUUGACGAUUGCAUUCGUCGUCGCUGGCAUCCUGAGCGUCGCCCUUCUUGGAUCUUACCGGCUCAGCAUUCGCUGGCUAAGAGUCUGGAACGUAUGGGUCCCCGUCAUUUGAUUAGCCAGGUGCUUCAGCGACGAGGGUCCGCUUGA